GAGCAUGCUCUCCUCUCUCUCUACCUCUAGGUCGCCAUUGUCACGCCCUUUCUUUCCUCAAACUGCAUUGAUCUGGAUUUCGAUCGGCGUUCCCGAUUCAUCUCUGAUUGGAGACUGUCGGCAAUACGAAUCGGAGGUUGCAGCUUUUGGUUUCGAAGUUGUUAUUGAGUAUUUAAAGAGAGCCCUACCAUGGAUAAGGAAAAGGAUCUGUUUGUAAACGAUGGAUAUUUCAUGGAAAGGAUCAAGCGACUCCAGCAAGAGAAAGGAGUUGUUGCAGCAGCCACUGAUCAGCCUAAAUCUACUACUUCAUCCAGCUCUUCUGUUGCCUUGAAACCUACAACGAUAGUUAGCAAAAGGCCAUUAGAAGUGAAAUUCAAUGAUAUCAAGAAGGGAACCCCCCAGACUUCCGGUGGCAAGCUUGCUUUUAGCUUGAAGCAGAAGACAAAAGUUGCAUUGGCACCAGUUAAAUUCAUCGCAGAUGAGGAAGAAGAUGCUGAAGAUACAGUUGUAUCCAGAGAUGAACAUAUUAAGCGUCAGAAGUUGGGUCAGGGUGAUACUCACCAUUCAUCCUCACAACUGGAGGAUGUUGCACCAUCUUCUCCUAGUGAUCCAGCAGUCAGGAAAGUUGCAGAUAAGCUAGCAAGUUUUGUCGCCAAAAAUGGAAGACAAUUCGAGCAUGUCACAUGCCAAAGGAAUCCUGGUGACACGCCUUACAAGUUUUUGUUUGAUCAUAAUUGUUCAGAUUACAAAUACUAUGAGCAUAGACUCUUUGAAGAGGAAAAAACUCUUGCACAAUUGAAGGAGUCCAAGACAUCAAAUUCUGACAAGGGAAGCACCUCAACUUCUAGAACAUCAACUGGUUCUCAAAGAAGCACUUUCCAACAGCAUCCAAAUUACCAAACACCUGCAUCGGCUUUAUAUGGAUCUUAUGAGGGGUCUAGCUCUUAUGGGAGAUCUGAAUCCAGCGGAGCUUCAGAUGCAGAUCCUAUUACUAUGAUGGAGUUUUACAUGAAGAAAGCUGCACAGGAGGAAAGGAUGAGGCAGCCAAAACUAUCCAAGGAUGAAAUGCCACCACCGGCUUCUCUUCAAGCUCAUAAAAGGGGUCAUCACAUGGGUGACUUCAUUCCGCAAGAAGAGAUGGAGAAAUUUAUGUCUUCUUGUAAUGAUGCGGCUGUAACGAAAGCUGCUAGAGAGGCUUCAGAAAAAGCUAAAAUUCAGGCUGACAAUAUCGGUCAUAAACUUUUAUCUAAAAUGGGUUGGAAAGAAGGUGAGGGUCUCGGCAGUGACAAACGUGGCCGUGCAAAUCCAGUUAUGGCAGGAGAAGUGAAGAAGGACAAUUUAGGUGUUGGCGCUCAAAAACCUGGUGAGGUUAACCCGGAUGACGAUAUCUACGAGCAGUAUAAGAAAAGAAUGAUGCUUGGUUAUCGUCACAGACCAAACCCACUGAACAAUCCGAGAAAACAAUACUACUAGGUUGGGAAACAAGCGACUGCUUCUGUAAGAUUGCUUGGAUGUUACGCACCAUCGUAGCAAUUUCAUCAACACGUACCAUGAUCAGUUCAAAAUUCCUUGUUUAUCAGGGUGUUCUAACAUUCAACUUUGAAGUAAGUCACCAUCUAGUCAUGUGGAAUGCUAUUUUAGAGAUACAAAAUAAAGAUGAAACUUGCAAAACUAUGCACUAAGAUAAAGAAAUAGGUUUCAAGUGCGGUUUCAUCUUGUAGAUCUAACUUUGAUAUAUUCGGCACCUAACUGCAUUCAUCUUGCUGCCGGAGAAUUUCUCUCUCUAUGCAAUAUUAAUUUGGCAAUUUGUGGUUUUUUUUCA